CCCGAUCGCGCUGGUAGACAUGAUAGCCUGGGAAUCAAAUUGUUGGCUAGGUUUGAGCGGAUCGGAGACCUUGAUGACCUUCAAAGGGCCAUUAAUCACAAUGAAGAGGCGUUAGCUACUACCCCUCUGGAUCACCCCGAUCGCGCUGGUAGAGAUAAUAGCCUGGGGAUCAAGUUGUUAAUAAGGUUUGAGCGGAAAAACGACAUUGGUGACCUCCGAAGGGCUAUUGAGCACAGCGAAGCGGGACUAGCAGCUACCCCCUCUGAUCACCCCGAUAGAGCAGCUAUGUGCAUCGGCUUGGGUAGAGGCUUGCACUCCAGAUAUUUGUGUCUGCGCUUCAUUGGGGAUUUAGAUCGGGCUUUGCUCCUCUACCGCGAGGCCUUUCAUUGCAGUGCCUCACCCCCUCGGGUUAGGAUUAACGCGGCUCGUAGGGUAGCUUCUUUACUAUAUUCCGAUGGAAGGUUUCAUGAAUCAAGUUCCAUACUCGAGGAUGCAGUUAACUUGAUGCCGGCGGUCAAUUUACAAAUAUUGGGACGUGAUGACCAGCAACACAUAAUAUCGGAGCUUUCCGGGCUAGCUUCCGAUGCUGCUUCUGUUGCUCUUCAAGCUGGGCGAGGAGCCUAUUAUGCUCUUAAUUUGCUAGAACUCGGUCGUGGAACGAUUAUGGGUGUUGCUAUUGACUCAAGGUCAGGAGUUUCAGAUCUUAGAAUCGAUCACCCGCUUGUAUACAGCCAAUUUCACAGCCUUCGAGUUGAGAUUGACUCAGCAGUGCAUGAAGGAUGCUAUGCAGGUGACGAAGCAUCGCAUCACCGCCGAAAUCGUGCGACGGCUAGGCGUUGGGACGCUGUAAACGAGAUGGAAGCAAUAAUAGUUCACAUUCGGACGUUGCCUGGUUAUGGCAGGUUCCUACUCCCACCCUCUCCGGAGGAUCUGAUGAAAAUUGCCAUUUAUGGUCCCAUCGUUGUCUUCAACUGCACUACUUAUAGGAGCGAUGCCGUAAUUGUCACCACCUCAGCUAUAACUUCAUUAGAACUCCCGAAAUUGAAUCAUGAGGAAACAGCCCACUGGAUGAGGCAAGUGGCUAAUUUCGGAGGAGGAGGCUGGACUAAGAGAGGCAAGGUUAAUAGAAAAAUAAAAGACCUCCUCAUUUGGCUAUGGGAUUCUGCAGUAGGGCCUGUUUUUGACAAGCUUGAACACGAUGGGACGAUUGUCAGUGAUGGUGUUCAGGGGUCCAAUUUGAAGCGGGUUUGGUGGAUUGGAGUAGGGCAAUUAAGCAUGGCGCCUUUUCAUGCGGCUGGGGAUCAUUCGCCGGGAUCAACACGCAACACCUUAAGCCGAGCUAUUUCAACAUAUAUCCCUACAAUCAAAGCCCUCUCCUAUGCACGUCAGAAGCAACUCCAAUUAUAUGACGAGUAUGGUGCUUCCUUUUCAGCGGAACGCUCUAAGAAAGCAAAAAUUGUCAAAAAACGGAGUCCCCGCUUACUUAUCAUUUCCAUGGCGGAAACACCUGGUGCGAUAGAUCUACCCGGUGUUGAUGCAGAAGUGAAAUAUAUUCUUGAUGCCACCUCUGGAACUUCGGUAGAGACCACAGUAUUGAGCCAUCCAACCCCGACAGAAGUCCUCAAGAAAAUUCUGCGCCAUGAGAUUGUCCAUUUUGCCUGCCACGGAGUGUCUUCUCUCAACCCUUCUGACAGCCACCUGAUUCUGUUUACCCCGGAUGGGAACGGUGCCGAUAAGCUGCUGGCUAGAGAUAUAUCGAAUAUAGUCGCGCAAAACGCAUACAUUGCGUAUCUUUCAGGCUGUUACUCAGCCAAGAAUCCCUCCAUUAAUUUAGCUGAUGAAGUCAUACAUCUAGCCAGCGCAUUUCAGCUCGCCGGGUUCAGUCAUACUCUUGCGAAUAUGUGGGAAACAGAUGACAGAGCCUCUGGUGAAGUGGCAAGAGACUUCUACAACUUGCUUUUCCGAUAUAAAGGGAAUGGUGAUGAGCACCACUGGGUGGCCGCCGCUUUUCACAAAGCUGUGAAGACUCUUCGGGAC